GGGAGCUGUUGGCCCAGGAAGCGGCCGCCCUGGAGACACAGGCCUGCUUCAUGAGCGCCGACGGGACGCCCGUGCAGCCCUGGGAUGUGAUGCCCACGCUCCUGCACCAGACCCCAGCCAGGGACCUCGACAAGUUCAUCAGUGACUUCCUCCAGCCCAACCGCCAGUUCCUGGCUCAGGUGAACAAGGCGGUUGACACCAUCUGCUCCUUCCUGAGGGACAACUGCUUCCAGAACUCUCCCAUCAAAGUCCUCAAGGUGGUCAAGGGCGGCUCUUCCGCGAAGGGAACGGCGCUGCGAGGCCGCUCCGAUGCCGACCUGGUGGUGUUCCUCAGCUGCUUCCGCCAGUUCACCGAGCAAGGGAGCACGCGGGCCGAGGUCAUCUCAGAGAUCCGAGCCCAGCUGGAGGUGUGUAAGCGGGCGCGGCAGUUCGAGGUGAAGUUCGACAUCCCCAAGUGGGAGAAUCCCCGCGUGCUGAGCUUCUCGCUGACGUCCCAGACGAUGCUGGACCAGAGCGUGGACUUCGAUGUGCUGCCGGCCUUUGAUGCCCUCGGCCAGCUGGCCCCGGGCUCCAGGCCCCCGCCUCAAGUCUACGUGGACCUCAUCCACAGCUACAACUCCCCGGGCGAGUACUCCUCCUGCUUCACAGAGCUGCAGCGGGACUUCGUCAUCACUCGCCCCACCAAGCUCAAGAGUCUGAUCCGACUGGUGAAACACUGGUACCGGCAGUGCCAGAAGAUGCCCAAGGGGAAGGGCUCUCUGCCCCCCCAGCACGGGCUGGAACUCCUGACGGUGUAUGCCUGGGAGCAGGGUGGGCGGGACCCCCAGUUCAGCAUGGCCGAGGGCUUUCGCACUGUCCUGGAGCUGGUCACCCAGUACCGCCAGCUCUGCGUCUACUGGACCGUCAACUACAGCCGUGAGGACCAGACGGUCAGAGACUUCCUGGAGCAGCAGCUUCGCAAGCCCAGGCCCAUCAUCCUGGAUCCGGCAGACCCGACAGGCAACCUGGGCCCCAAUGCCCGCUGGGACCUGCUGGCCAAGGAAGCUGCAGCCUGCAUGUCCUCCCUGUGCUGCAUAGGCAAAGAUGGCACCCCCAUCCAGCCGUGGCCAGUGAGGGAGGACGCCUCCCGGGGGCCCCUGAGAGUUUCGGUUUCCUGGCUCUUUCCAGCUUCCAAGCUCUCAGCCCAGAGAUCCUCUCCCUCCUCUGUCUCCUGCUCUGCCGUGAGCUGUCGCCCCGGCAGGCAGCCAGCAGCAGCAAUGAGCAACUGGCUAUCCGCAGCAAUGGGCAACUGGCUACCCUGGCUAUCCGGCGCCUGCCCAUCAACGGUGUACUCGGUACCUGUUCAGAAACUGGAUGAGUAUAUCCAGACCUCACUGAGGCCGACUGCAGACUGUCAGAGACAGAUCGAUGAGGCCGUGGACACCAUCUGUGCCGCCCUGCAGGAAGCCACGGAGCCUCCCACGGUGACAGAUGUCGCCAAAGGUGGCUCCUAUGGCCGGAAAACAGUCUUAAAGGGCAACUCCGAUGGUACCCUUGUCAUCUUCAUCAGUGACUUUGAAAAAUUCCAGGAUCAGAAGGAAAAGCAAUAUGAAAUCCUCGACAAAAUCUGGGAGCGGCUGAGAGCUGGUCAGCUCGAAAGGAAGCUGACAGCCAAGAUGGAGAUGCAGAGGUCCUAUGUUGGCCUCACCAUCCGGCUGUCCACACGAUGGCAGAGCGUCACUUUUGACGUGCUGCCCGCCUUCGAUGCUCUGGACUUGAGCGGCAAGCCCAGCCCCUCUACCUAUCGAGACCUCAAAAGAGCCUUGGACCAGACAAAAGCCAACCCCGGUGAAUUCUCCGUCUGCUUCACAAAACUCCAGGAGGAUUUUUUUAACAACCACCCCAGGAAGCUGAAGGAUUUGAUCCUCUUGGUAAAGGCCUGGCAUCAACAGUGCCAGAAACAGUGGGGGGAGCAAUCCCUGCCACCCUCAUAUGCUCUAGAGCUGCUCACCGUCUAUGCCUGGGAAGAGGGGUGUAGAGAGGAAGACUUUGACAUAGUUCAAGGCCUCAGAACUGUCCUAGAGCUCAUCCAGCAGCAGGAGCAGCUAUGUGUCUAUUGGACAGUCAACUACAACUUUGAGGAUGAGACCGUCCGGAACGUUAUGCUGAACCAGAUCCGAUCAUCAAGGACAGUCAUCUUGGAUCCAACUGACCCCACCAAUAUGAUGAGCAACGAUGAGAAGUGCUGGCGACUGCUAAAAGUGGAAGCUCAAAACUGGUUACUUUCUCUCAGCCUGAGAGGGUCACCUGGACCAUCUUGGAAUGUUCUGCCAGCACCGCUCCAUGAGACCCCAGGCCACCUUCUGGAUAAAUUCAUCAAGGACUUCCUCCAGCCCACGAAAACUGUCAACAUUCAGAUCAAGACAGCUGUUGACAUCAUCGCGAAGUUCCUUAAAGAAAUCUGCUUUCGGCAUUCAGCCACGAAGGUCCAGAAGCCCAUCAAGGCAGGGUCGUCCGGCAAAGGCACCGCCCUCAGGACCGGCUCCGACGCCGACCUCGUCGUGUUCGUGGACUCGCUGACCAGCUUCCCCUCCCAGAAAGCCGAGCGCUACAACAUCAUCAAGGAAAUCAAACACCAGCUAGAUGCCCACCAGCAGCAAGUGACCGACCAGGACGUGGAAGUGACGUUUGAGAUUUCCAAAUGGGAGGCUCCCAGGGUGCUGAGCUUCUCUCUGAAAUCCAAAACUCUCAACGGGAGCGUUGACUUCGAUGUGCUGCCGGCAUUUAAUGCGCUGGAGAAGCUGGGACCUCUCUGGAAAGUCUACACCCAGCUCAUCGCUCAGUACGAGCAGCACUCGGACACCCCGGGGGGCGAGUUUUCUGCCUGCUUCACAGAGCUGCAGCGAGACUUCGUCAGCUCCCGGCCCACCAAGCUGAAGGAUUUACUUCGCCUGGUGAAACACUGGUACAAGCAGUGUGAAAGGAGACUGAAGAAAAAGGGGUCGCUGCCCCCCAAGUACGCCUUGGAGCUGCUCACCAUCUACGCCUGGGAGCAGGGCAGCGGGGACACAAGUUUUGACACCGCCCAAGGCUUCCGGACGGUCCUGGAGCUGGUCACCCGCUAUCAGCAGCUCUGUGUCUUCUGGACGGUCAACUACAACUUCGAGAAUGAGACUGUGAGGAACUUCCUCCUGAAGCAGCUCCAGAGACCCAGGCCGGUCAUCCUGGACCCGGCCGAUCCCACCGGCGACGUGGGCGGAGGGAACCGCUGGUGCUGGCAUCGUCUGGCGAACGAAGCUGCCGAAUGGCUGUCCUCCUCUCUCUGCUUCAAGGACGGAACGGGAGGUCCCGUCCCGUCGUGGAAAGUGCCGACGGUGCAGACACCGGGAAGCUGCGGGACUGGUUUCGGUCCUGUCAUCAACGAGAUGUUCUCGUACAGAAGUCGCGGAAUCCUAGACGAAAAUGCUCGGAGAAACUUCUCGAGGCCACCUGACAAGUGCUUUUGAAGAAUCAGUUCACUGUGUAAACGCGUAUCCCAGAUCCCUUCUCCCCACCCCCCACCCCCCACCCCCAAACUCCUUCCCUGGUUUCUUGGACGCCUCUUCAAAUCAAGACUGCCGGGUCCUUCCCAGAAAGUCUCGGGCGCUCUCGCCUUGCUGGGCUCUCGCUCCGUGAGUGGCCUGCUUUAUUAAAAAUGUUUGC